GAAGAAGAUAAAGAAGGUCAACUUUUAGAAAAACCGAACUAAACCGGAAUUAAAAUUGGGCCCCGGUCGGAUUCAAUUUAUUAGAUUGGGAUUCGACGGAAUACAAAAAAGGAUUUUGGUAUGGGGGAGGAGAAGAAAUAGGAGAGAGAUGGAGGAGGAGUUGCUUGCGGGCGUGCCGUGCUCUUCCCGCGCCGUCGAGUCAGUUAUCCGAGUUUCCACGGCGGGUGGAUUAUAUGGCUUUUGCGCCGGACCUCAUAAUGCUCGCAAACUGGGUUUAAGCGGCGUUUCUCAGGCUUCCUAUGUGGCAAAAUCCAUUGGCAAAAUCGGGUUUCAAUGCGGUAUAGUGAGUGGUAUCUUUACUCUGACUAACUGUGGCCUUCAGAGAUAUCGAGGCAAGAGUGAUUGGGUGAAUGCUUUGGUCGGAGGAGCUGUGGCUGGAGCAGCUGUUGCUCUUCGCACUAGAAACUGGUCUCACGUUCUUACCACCGCCGGUCUCGUCUCUAUUUUUAGUGUUUUGGCUAAUUCCACCAGGACUGAUCUCAAACAACAACAACAACACUAAGGUCUCGGAUAAGUCCAUUCAUCAAGACCACUUGUGUCCUGGAACUUGAACGUGACAGAUGAUCAUACCAAACUCUCUGAUUCACAGACAAAUAACCCUCUGUAAUAAUCUUUGCUAAGAAAAGAAAGUGAAACUCUAAGAGACUCUGUCCGAACCAAAAACAUUAUUUGAAUCAGCGGGUGAUUGGAACUUGUGGGAAAAUGUAUAAUGUUUUUGCAAAGUUAAGUAUUCAAAUCAACUAUCCAAA